AUGGAGAUUAUGGAAGAUGGCAAUUUAGUAGAUCGUGUUAGAAUCUUAUUACAACGGGACAUGCAAUAUUAUCAGGAAAUGCAAACCGUAUUAAAAGAGCCACUUUGUUCUCGUGUUAGUGGCGGAAAACUUGAUUUUCCAAGGCAUGCAUCAUUUGCUGCUGUUAAAAUAGUGGCUUGGUGGGAGGUAGACUUUCAAGCUGCUUUUAAGCGCCAUUCUGGUUUAACAAAUUUAAUAGAAAAUGAGGCUUCCGCAAUUGUUGAAAGUGAAGAAAGAGUUAUUAAAAAAAUUCAACCAUCUGAAUUUGUACUACUUGUUGUCGAUACUGCUGAUAAAUUACUAGAACAUUUACAUCUGCUUAUUCAAGAAUCAUUAGAUCAUGCAGAUUUAACGGUAUUAACAGCUACUUUAGGAGCAGCUGCGUUAAUUCGAAAUUGUCUAUGGUGUUAUAAUCAACAAACUAAAAGUUCAAUUUCCCCACAAUCAAGCGAGAGAUUAAAUACGUCGUACAAGUCUUACCAUGAAAUGGCUGAAGCUGUAGCAGAACGAUUACUGGAUUUACAUUGUCGUUUAAUAUCUUUAUACAUACUCAACGAAGCUGAAUCUCUUAGUUGGCAUGGCAGUAAGUCAUUUUUUGAACGAGAGCGUUGCUCUUUCGUAAUACAAAUGUGGUGGCUGUACAUGCAAGGAACAAAGACAGACUUAUGGAACACCGUAUCCCCAAAAAUGGCACAACGCAUUUUUUCUGGGAUGUUGAAUGAAUCCUUAUCAAUUAUCGUUACGAGAUUUAUUUAUGGUCGACCGAGUUUGGCACGAUCUGAGCAAUUUUGGACAGAUGCCUUUAACGUUCUCUGCUGUACCGGAUAUCUUGCUUUGGGUGCUUGUGUAAAUGCGAAUGAAAUGAUUGGAAUGAAAUUAAAUAGACUGCCCACUGCUAUUAGGGAUAUACAUACAAAAUGCAAUGAGUUGUUGAUCUGUUUGUUGUUAAGGGGUACACCUCUUCAAGAAUUAUAUCAGGCAUUUCGUGUUGGUUUUGAAAAUUUAGCAAUAUUAAAACCACGUCGUGAACCUGCUCCCUGGUUAUUAAUAUGUGCACCAAAUUUAUUAGGUUCUACCGAUUCUGAUGUUUACGUCUCAAAUUUAUCUGAAGAUCGAGUUGUGAUUUUAGAAUUGAACGUUCUUAGACAUCAACCCCAACCGAAUUGGCCGCAAUUAAUGAAGGUAAUCCUUAUGAAUAACUAUGCAGUGGCAAAAAUAUUAUUGAACACUCUAAUCCACAAAUGUGAUAAAUUUACAUGUGAAAAUGAUUUUGAAAAUUUUGAAAAGUUCAAACUAAAUGAAAAGAACUGUGGUGGUUUUUUAUGCAGUAGCAUAACAUGCAAUCCAUCAAUGAAAAUAACACCAGAGUUAAGCCUUUAUAGUUUAAUGUACAUUUUGACAUAUGUAGCACAUGAUCCUGGUAAUGUUAUUGUGCCAGCUUUAAAGCAAGAUCCAGAGUGGUGCAAUUAUCUUAAUAGACAACAGGUUUGGAAUCAAUCAAGACCACCCUGGCUGAAUGCAAUUUUAAAUCCCUUAAAGGACAUGAUGCCACCAAUCAUUGAAAUACUGUUAGAAGCUGUAAGAACAGGGGCUAGUAUGUAUCAAGCAAUGUCUUUGGUAAUUGGUUGUUUCACUGAAUUGUAUGUAACAUUACCAUCUGCAAUUUUGAAGACUAUACUUGCACUGAAUGAUAAUAUACCUGCUCAUUGUCAUCCAAUUGGAGGAAAUGUUCUUCUUCAUGUUCUAUGUGCUUCUCUUUAUACUGCCCUUAUUGACUACUCAAAACAUUGUGAAACGGAAAUUCAAGAUGAUUUGACAUCUAGAGAAAUAGAUUAUGAAUUAAAUUUCUUUGAUCCCAAUGAUAUAUCAGGAACUGUGAUUGCAUUGGCUGAAGCUAUUUGCAGCAUCGAUGAAGACAAUAAGCAUACUUCUCAAAUCAAUGAUUUCUUUCAACUUGUAAAAAAGAACGUACAAGCAUCGAAUAUGAAUCCUUGCUACAAUGAAUCAACCAUGUCUUCCAUUAUUGAUACGUAUACCGAUGAACUGUUGUUUACUAGUUCUGGACGUCAGGCUUUAAAGGUAAUACAUGAAUUUUUAAUUCGUGUAUCUGAUUUAGUGUUAAAUAAUUUACGACAAAAUAAUGUUAAUAAAAUUGUGGGCCAUAUACCCGAAAUUUCGCCCCUUCUUAAACCAUUGACUCAUAUAAUGUUCCAUAUCGAAGAUACAGAAUUUGAUCAGUUUCUUAUAGAGUAUGACAAAACAAAUUGGAGAAAAAUUUUGAAUAUGCCGCUUUCUAUUUCUGACGACCAUGCACGGAGUCAACUUUUGUCACGACCAGAAUUUAAAAAUGUCGGUGAAUUGGAUCACAAAGAUAAAGAAGCAGUGUGUUCGCUUAAAAAGCUUUGCUCUUCUACAAAAACCGCUCAUUUUAAAUAAUGAUAUUUUACAGUAUCUUAAAUAAUAUUUUAA